AAGAGCAGUCUCAGCAAAUGCUUGUGUGUUUGUUCCGUGGUAUGGGAUCUGCUGAACCCCUUACUUCAAGCGCGGCCGUUUGACAAACACAGGCAGCUAAAGUGGAGCGGGUGUCUUCAGCACCGGGCUCAUGAAGAAUAUAGACGCAAGACUUCGUUUUAAAUGAGGUGUGUGUGUGUUUGUUUAACUUUAGCUUUGUCCCCUCAAGAUGACCGUACUGUGUACAUUAACACGGCAGAAACUCUCUUUCGACUCAAGAUGACCGUGACGUACUCCAGCAAGGUAGCCAAUGCGACGUUCUUCGGGUUUCACAGACUGCUUUUGCGAUGGAGAGGCAGCAUCUAUAAACUGCUGUACCGCGAGUUCCUCGUCUUUGUAGGGCUGUACACCGCGCUGAGCAUCCUCUACAGAUUAUUUCUUUCAGAAAAACAAAAACGUUACUUUGAAAAGGCGUCUCUUUACUGCGAUAAAUAUGCUGAGCAAAUCCCUGUAACGUUUGUGCUGGGUUUCUACGUGACGCUGGUGGUGAACCGCUGGUGGAACCAGUUUGUGAACCUGCCCUGGCCGGACCGGCUCAUGUUACUGGUCUCGGGCAGUGUGCAGGGCAGGGACGAGCACGGCCGACUCCUGCGCAGGACCCUGAUGCGCUACGUCAACCUCACCUCUCUGCUCAUCUUCCGCUCUGUCAGCACGGCCGUCUGCAAGCGCUUCCCGACCAUGGACCAUGUGGUCGAAGCAGGGUUCAUGACUCCCGAGGAGAGAAAGAUUUUUGAAAACCUCAAGUCUCCCCAUCUUAAAUAUUGGAUCCCGGUGGCGUGGUUUGUGACCCUGGUGAACAAGGCGCGGAAGGAGGGGCGGAUACAGGACAGCGUGGACCUGCAGACCAUCAUGAUCGAAUUGAAUAAAUUUAGAUCGUGGUGUUCUACCCUAUUUGGUUAUGACUGGGUUGGCAUUCCUCUUGUAUACACACAGGUCGUCACUCUAGCAGUGUACACCUUCUUCUUUGCCUGUCUGAUAGGACGUCAGUUCUUGGACCCCAACCAAGGCUAUGCAGGUCAUGACCUUGACAUGUACAUCCCUGUCUUCACUUUCCUGCAGUUCUUCUUCUAUGCAGGCUGGCUGAAGGUGGCUGAGCAGCUUAUAAACCCUUUUGGAGAAGAUGACGAUGACUUUGAGAUUAAUUGGUGCAUAGACAGAAACCUGCAGGUUUCCCUUCUGGCUGUGGAUGAAAUGCACAUGAACGUGCCGAGGAUGCAGAAAGAUAUCUACUGGAACGACUCGGAUGUGCGUCCGCCGUACACUCUAGCAGCUGCCGAUUACUGCAUCCCAUCAUUCCUGGGCUCCACCAUCGACAUGGGACUGUCUCACAACGUGUUCCAGCAGCAGGAGGAUGCUGAGAUGGAGGAGCUGAAGCAGCGGUUUCAGGAAUCAGUCCUAGGCAGAGUGCAGCGGAUACUCAGCGUUCAGGAGCCCCUGGACUCCACCCUGCACACAUCCUCCUUCUAUAGGUGGAACAGCGAGCUGUCUAGCAUCUUCUUCCCCGUUGAGGACAACGUCCCCCACGCCCGCCGGCCCUUCUUCGGCAUGGAGGAGCGGGGCCACAGAUUGCAUCGCUCUGGCUCCCGGGACGGCAACGUGACGCUGAACAUGGAGUACCUGUCCACGCUGAGAGAGACGAGCAGCCCCUCCUCCCCUGCCACGCAGCCCUCCUCCCCGGGGUUCAAGGAAAUCCCUGUGGUCAUCGUCACCCCGCCUGACACAAACACAGACACAAUUGCUGGCUCAUCGUCCAGCAACCGGAGCGCACACAACAGCAUAGAGGGUGCAGGACGUGACAAGGGGAAGGAAGCAGCACGGCCACCACAGAGCAGAACAGGGGCCAGGGUGCCCCCAGAGAACACACACAAGAUUUCGGGGGUGAGAGAGCACGUGAAGAAAUCCUCCUGGAGCGUCCCCCUGCUCAAGAAGACAAGGAAGAGCCGGCGGUUCUCCAGUCAGCACUCGAAGGACUCUCUGCGCAGUCUGCCGAGCCCCAAGCCACUGGCGUGGAGGAGGCGUCUUUAUGGGGCUGACUAUGAUACUGCUGCUGAGUCGCUGCCCACGAGGAACUUGAGCCAAGCUGGGCUGCAGGAAACUGAUCUCUUUGAGUCAACCAGCGAAGAGAAUAUCGAUCAGACAAGAGAUUAACGGCAAUAAACCAAAGUGCUUACUCUGAAUGACCUUUAUCUUAGCCCACCCAUUAUCAAGAUAUACUCAGUCAUGUGUUUAGGGCCCAGUUCAGUAAAAGACCUCAGAUUCUUGA